AUGUCCAGAAGAAUUCGUAAAACAAGUCUUUUCAGUAAAGAUGUUGGCUCUUUGAUGUAUGCGUUUGGUGAUGUCGCGCAACCUUUACCAGAGACCAUUCAAUGUGUAGACGAAUUGGUGGUGUCUUAUUUGAGCGAUAUAUGUGCCAAUGCGUACUACUCGGCUCAAACCGUGAAGAGGAAUAAGAUUAAAGUGGAAGAUUUCAGAUUUGUACUUCGAAAGGACGAGGUGAAAUUAGGUAGAGCUGAAGAGUUGAUUAAGAUGAAUAAAGUUAUUACCGAUGCCAGGAAACAAUUUGAUAAUUCAGAGGGGAAAUCUUUGAAACGAGUGAAAGAUGACGGUGAUGAUGACCACAUUUCGGCUGAUGAAGAUGAGGAGACGACAACGGUUCCUGAACCCGUUCCUACCUCACGUCCGGUAGGCAGACCAAGGAAAAAGGGAAAUGAACCUCCUAAGAAGAAGAAACGGGAAACAAGCUGA